CUGCUAACAAAUUGUUUGAAGGCGAGAAUGCAGCACUAGUAGCUAUCAAUCCAUACAUCCAGGAAGCAUUCGUCAAAUUUAAGUCAUUCUUCUUGCGAGCAUCGACAGUGGAAGAUGCUGAAAUCCAUUUCAGUAUUGAUGAGUAUACGGAUGUGGUGACACUCACAAAGCCGACCAUCUACAUCUCGGUUAAAGAAAUGAUUUCAACUCAUUCGGUAUUGCAUGAUGUCUCUACUGUAACAUGUUACUUUGAUUAACUGUUUCUGAGCUUAUCGGAUCUUUUCGGUAUACAGUAAACUAAUAAAUACCGAGGCAGACAGACAAGCAUGCUAAUGAACACUUGGUCAGGUAAAACGAGACAGACAGACAGACAGACAGACAGACAGAGAGGUGGGCAGACAGACAGACAGACGGAAGGACAGACAGACAGACAGAAAGGUGAGCAGACAGACAGACAGACAGAGAGGCAGGUAGGCAGACAGGCAGGCAGAUGGAAGGACAGACAAACAGACAGACAGAAGGACAGACAAACAAACAGACAGACAGACAAACAAAAGGCACACCAAAGAAAGUGACAAUGUAGUGGCAAGCAGAACAAGCAGGUAGCUAUGACAACAAUAGUCUACUACACAGGUUGCAGUGAUCAUUUUAGUACUUCUGUUUCACUGCAAUUGGCAAGCGUGUUUCAAUGGUCGCAUUUAUUUAAUUUUAUUUUAAAUUUCUAUGUAGCUGUUACUAGAACACGAGACAGCAGUUGCUGCUGAACAAGAUGAUCCCAUUCAUGACGUCCUUCGAGAUCUGGGAUCCGUUCCGGAUGCUCAAACAUUAUUUGGAGGCCCGCCCACUUUUGAUUACAAGUUGCCUGAUUCUAGCCGCUGCUCAUAGAGAUGAAUAAAGAAAUCUGCAUGGUACAGUACAGUAGAGUAAGACAUAGGCCGUGCAAACAACGUACAACGGGAUUGCUUGCGUUGAAUAUGUAAUGCAGCACGAUUGUUAUGAUUUCGAAUUGGCGGCUACUGUCUAAACAUACGGGGGAACGUGAUAAGGACUCCCGAGAAGGUACGACGGAGUGCUUGCUACUACAAGAAACCGCGUCGCGGGUGAUGAUUAAUUCGUUCCGUGGUAAGAAGUGAAACCUCAACUGUGCACCUCUAGGCGGUGCAUGUCUACGUCUAGGCGACUUCACCUUACUCCCGUUUCAGUUUUGAAUCCUCUCAUCUCAACAUUUCUAGAUGGAGCCUCAUUUAGAGUCUUCGAAAACAAAUUUCAGUCGUUCUAUGGCGUUUAGAGGAAGAAGGCCUCUACAUAGGCGUAGACCCAACAUUCCGGUCACCCCGGCAAAAAUAGUAACAGGAUUUGCGGCAAGCACAAACGACUUCACUGAGCUUUCUACGUCGUUAGAAAAGGAUUCUGGUGCUUAUGGAGCGACUGCUUCGUUCACUUCUGUACAAACGCUAACAGAACUUGGAGCAAGCACAAGCGACUUGACAAUUGACACUACAAGCGUAGCUGAAUCAUUUCGACAUCAAGCUGAUGGAGCCUCAGUUGUAACUGAACACAACGAAAACGACUGCAAUGUUACAGACGACAUCUUGACGCUAGAAGCAGAACUGAAGACGUUUGACGAUGACUUCCAACAUGUGAUGUCAGUGUUGCAGAGGAGAUCUGCGACUGAAGACAAAUUAGUGACCCAGUACCGUUCGAAAGUCGAACAGCUUGAAACGAAGAUUUCUCAACAAGAUGCCUUGCUGAAGAAAAAAGAAGAUGAAAUUGCUAGUCUGACGAACGAAGCUCGCCAUGAAAUUAAGAAAGCAAGAAAUGAAUGUGCGAGCCUGCAGUCUCAGCUAAUAAGUGCAAGAAGGCAAAUUCAGCAACAAGCAACGGAAAUCAGCGACCUCAAGGUAUUGGUGAAGAAAGAGAAAGCACGAGGUGACAAGGCACAGGCAGAUCUAGACAAAAGUGGGCUUGAGGUACAAUGGCUGACUGAAGAAUUGGCGUCUGCGAAAGAGGAGAACAACAAAUUAAUUGAAGUGGAAACUGAAACAAACCAAAACAUCAAGGAAAUGAAAAAAUCCAUGACAACCUUUUUUCAAAAGCAAGAGAAUCUCCGCGACAAAGUUGUAGGGCAGAAAACAUGCGAACCAUUAGAAAUCCAACAUGAAAAGCAUUCUCAGAUGCAGCCACAUGUUGUUGCAGAUGCAAGAACACCAAAGUUAUCUGGUACAGUAACUGUAUUACACCGUGUAUCACAACAGCACGAGUCUUUUUGGGAGCAGAGAGUAAGACCUCACUUUGAUCACAUUAUUACAACUUUGUCUCCCAAAAAGAUCCUUCCUAAGCUCUAUAGCAACAAGUUAAUUGAUCGCAACGAGUUCAGCAGUUUGUCUGGCAGCAAACAGAGUGGGCAGGAUAUCGCAACAGAAUUGCUGAGAGACAUUCUGAUGAAGAAAGGAGACGAUGCCUUCUGGAAGUUCUGUGCAACACUUCGAGAUGUAGAAGGCCAACAUGAGAUUGCAGAUCUCAUUGACCCUUAGCUACAGUCAUAUGUCUGGGACAGUCUGGUCAAGUGACAGUUGUAUUUGAUUGGUACUUACAGUUGUAUUGUCUAGAUUUGUUUCUUGUGAUUGUCUGCUCGUACAGGAAGACUCAUAUCUAGCUACAGUACUUGUUUGCUACAUUGCUAUACUAAAACUUUUACACUUGACUUGACAUAUCAUAGGCGUAAGAAAUUGUGUAAGUUUGGGGGCACACACUUAUUCAUUAAAUCAUUUUUGUGAGUACA